GCGCGUGGAUUGGUCCAUGAGCGUGGGCGGAAUCUUCCAGGGGCUUGCUCUUGAAGGCUCACGGAGAGCGAGUUUCGUCAUGAGCGAUCAACAGGACAGUAUGGCCACCACUGUUGCUGUCAGUCCCAGCGAGUAUCUCCAGCCCUCUGCCACUUCCUCUCAAGACUCCCAGCCCUCCCCACUCGCCCUCCUGGCCGCCACCUGCAGUAAGAUUGGUCCCCCUGCCGCUCAGGUCCCUGUCAGCGCCCCUCCUGCCCAACCCCAACCUCGCCGUCUCCUCCCCAUCAAGCCCGCCCCCAUCGCCCCCGCCCCUCCCAAAAACCUGGGCUUCCUGUCCGCUAAAGGAAAUGUGAUCCAGCUGCCAGCGGGCCUGGGCUCCAACAGCCCCGGCACCCCCAUCGUCCUCACCAUCCAGCAGAGCCCUGGCCGCUCGAAUCAAACAUCCAACAUCCAGUACCAGGUGAUGCCGCAGCUGGGAGGCACACAGACCAUCCAGAUGAUGCAGCAGGGCGGACAGAUCCAGCUCAUCCCGGGUACCAACCAGGCCAUCAUCACCACGCCCAUGACGGUUCCCCAGCCGCAGCCCGCUACCGCGCCCAUCACCCCACAGAAGACGGUGGCCAUCAAGCCGUCCCCCAGGGGACGGAAACCCAAUGCAGCCAACGUGGUGCGGCUGCCCAGCGGGCUCAUGCUGCCCCUCAACGUAGCCACCGGAGAGGAGCCAGCGGCAGCUCCUCCCCCUCCAACGAAGGGCAGACGAGGAAGGAAGAAGCUGGUGGCAGCAGCCCCUCCACCACAGACCACCUCUCCGCCCCCCGAGCAGAUGGAGACGAUAUUGUUAGAAGCCGGGGAGAAUAUUAUUCAGGCGGGUAACCAGCUCCUGAUCGUGCAGAACACCGGGUCGGGCCAGCAGCAGCUGGUGCAGUUGGUGCAGCAGAAACAGGAGCAGCAGGUGGUCCAGAUCCCCCAGCAGGCCCUGAAGGUGGUGCAGGCCGCCUCCGCCACCCUGCCUCAGGUCCCCCAGAGACAGCCUGCACCCAGCCUGCAGCCAGAGCCCACUCAGCUGCUGAUCAAAACGGCAUCAGGCGAAUGGCAGACUGUGCAGCUCCAGGAAACCACAGUUUCCACGCCCUCCGGCAUGGUCACCACCACCCUAUCGUCCGUGGGGGCCACCAAGAGAACACUGGCGGGGGGCAGGAAGGAGAGGACCCUACCAAAAAUAGCUCCGGCGGGGGGGAUGAUAGCGUUGAACGCGGCCCAGCUCUCCUCAGCGGGCCAGGCCGUGCAGACUAUAAACAUCAACGGGGUCCAGGUGCAAGGAGUGCCCGUCACCAUCACCAAUGCAGGAGGGCAGCAGCACCUGACAGUGCAGACGGUGCAGGGCGGUGCCCUCCAGCUGGGCGGCGUGACCUCCCAGGGCCACCAGGUGCAGAUGGAGCAGACUCUGGCUCUGGAGUUGCAGGGCCAGCCUGGGGAGAAGAAACGCCGCAUGGCCUGCACCUGCCCCAACUGUAAGGACUCGGUGUGCAGGCCCGGCGAGGUAGGGAAGAGGAAGCACAUCUGUCACAUCCCGGGCUGCGAGAAGACGUUCCGGAAAACGUCACUCCUCCGGGCCCACGUGCGCCUGCACGACCGCGAGCGGCCCUUCGUCUGCAACUGGGUCUUCUGCGGCAAACGCUUCACGCGCAGCGACGAGCUGCAGAGGCACGCCAGGACACACACAGGAGACAAGCGCUUCGAGUGCAACCAGUGUCAGAAACGGUUCAUGAGGAACCAUCUCACGAAGCAUGACAAAACA